GGGCAGCUGCGCACUGGCGAUGCGUACAGUUUGGCGGGGUUUCUCUCAGCAGCUGCAUCAGAGAAAGGGCUGGCAGGGUUGCUCCGAAUUUUUGGCUCUAAUUUUGUUUCCCUGCUCUCGUAUUUUGUCAUCCUUUGAGAUAAAAAGUAUUUGAUGAUAAAACUAGAUGGUAGCGGAGUUUCAUGACCGCACGAGGUCCGGUUUUGUUGUUAUAGCGUGAAAAUCACAGGUACACCGGAGCAAAAUCUGCCCGCUCUCUCGGCACUGUGUACCUUGACUUGAUCGGCUCAGCACUAGCAUCCAAGUGAGCUGAUCAGCUAGAAGAGAUAAUGUCGAGGAGACGAAGCCAACGAUUACAGACCAGGCAGGAGUGCCUACCGCCUGGCCAGGAUAGUGAAGAAGAAUUCACCAUUUGCACAAGAAAGAGGAAAAUUCGGGAAGAUGAUUCGGAUGAAGAGCUGCAUUCUGCUGAAAUCCAAAGAAGGAGGCAACAGUUCCAAAUUCAAAAUUGCUGGGUUCCAAUUUCGGAGUCGAGUGCCAUUGAGACGUCGUCGCUCAUACCCACCCCGCACCAGGAGCCCACGACCCCGUCCGAGCAACUCCUAGAGUCCGGGUCCAAGUUCCGCUUCCGCAACCUUUUCCCCACCCCGCUUGCUGACAGACGGUCCCCCUUGCCCAUUCUGAACUGGGCCGACUCGGCCGAGGUGUGGCGGGUCAUGCUCGAGAAAGAGAACAACUAUGUACACAACACCAGGGUGUUGGACAGACAUCCUAGCUUAGAGCCCCGGAUGAGGACCAUUCUUCUGGACUGGUUGAUUGAAGUCUGUGAAGUUUACCGGUUACACAGGGAGACGUUUUACCUUGCCGCCGACUUUGUAGAUAGAUAUUUGUCGAAAGCCAGCAACCUACCAAAGACCAAGCUGCAGCUUAUAGGAAUAACGGCGUUGUUCAUCGCAGCCAAACUAGAAGAAAUUUAUCCACCAAAGCUUGCCGAGUUUGCCUACGUCACAGACGGCGCCAGCUCAGAGCAAGAAAUCCUCGACCAAGAACUGGUCAUGCUAAAGGUAUUGAAGUGGGAUCUCUCGCCAGUAACGGUCAACACAUGGUUGAAUAUCUACCUUCAGCUCAGUCGACGUAGUCACACGACCCGCAGCAACCACAACUUCCUACUACCGGAGUACUCAGGACACCAGUUUGUGCAAGUAGCUCAGCUUCUAGAUUUGUGUAUAUUAGACCUAGGAUGUCUCCAGUUUGACUACAGCAUCGUAGCUGCAUCAGCGUUGUAUCAUAUGAUGUCUCAAGAACUAGCGUUGGAAGUGACAGGUCUCAAGUGGGACGACAUUGCUGCCUGUGUUCACUGGAUGUCGGCGUUUGCAAUAACGAUACGGGAGGCGGGGCUUGUGGAGUUGAAGGGAUUCCGAAAUAUCUACGCUGACGAGGCCCACAAUAUCCAAACACAUGCCAAUCAACUUAGCAGCCUGGACAAAGCUUUGGAGAGACUACAGGAGAUCACGCGGCCCAUCGACAGUAGCCCAAUCCACAUGGCCGGGGUUCUGACCCCUCCCCACAGCCACCACAAAGGUCACGCGCAGAGCAUCAGUCUAUGAAACCAGGUCGGCCUUAUUUUCCAUCAAAUCCUAAGCAACUUACGGGUGUACUGUGUUUAUUUUUUUCAACUACAGCUGAUUAAGAAAUGUCGUUUUUGGAGAAGGAAAAAUGAAAUGCUGUAUAUUCUUUCUUCGAGAUUUAAGUGUGGAUUAUAUCCAGAAUAUUCUUUUAUAUCAAGCUUGUUAUAACUGUACACAAUGUACAUCACUGUUUCAGCAGCUAUGAUGAUAUUCAGGAAUUGCGUGUGAAAGUGAGCAACUGUCCUUUUUUUUUUCAAGAAAAGUUUGGUAAAAUAUCCACACGCAAAAAAAACAUGUAUUAGAUACACCUCCAACUGCUGCACUUCCAACUACAGGGAAAAUAUGUCAGUACUUAAUAUGAGUAUAUCCUCAUUGCCAUAAGUGCCUACUAUAUUUCAGUUUUAUUGUUUAUUGAAUGAGUGACAUGUAUAGAUGGAAUUUUCACGAUGUCAUAAUCACUGCGCCUUUAUAAACCGAUCCAAUAAUCCUCCUGCUGUCUGAACAGUCACAGACUGUCAAAUCGAUCCUUUUCCCCUGCCAUGCCUUUUACACAUGCUGGUCACCAACAGUCGGAUCAUAUUUCAAGCAAGCACUGUGACUAGUCAAAUUCAGGCACCAGACAAAAACAGGCAAGUGGUAGGCACAGCUGGCUUAUCAAUCACCUACAGUCAAAACAUAGCUGCAUCAAGUUACAUAAACAGUCACAGCCAGUCAAUCCUGCUUAAUGUAGGCUGGGAGCUGUUGAAAACAGUCAUUUGUUUGAUUUUGACUGAAAGGACUACUUGGCAGAGGAUGUUUGUUUGCGUAGGAGGGUUAAGCCCAGCCUUCUCCGCACGUGGGCACCAACGUGCACUUCUCUCCAAUGCCCCACUGCAUGUUCCUGCCGUGCCAGCAGUAGGCGUGAUUUAAGGCAAACCUCACGCCAGCAAUCCCCAGCUCUGGUAUGGGAUGGGCUCUUUGUUCCAUUCUCACUGAAUAUAACAAUUUGAGGAUGCAUGCUGGUUAUAUGUUUACUUGUUUUCUUUUUUUACCAUUUUUCAGGUACAAACGGGUAAUUUAUUGUUUAUGUAACAUGCAAUUAUUCAGUAGCAUAUGACCAAAAGUGCCUUAAAAACCUCUGGAAAGAAUGUAGUAUCCAGACGCCACUUCUUUUGGUUGUGUACAAAGUCUAUGGAGAGUCGAGUGCCAGUCCCAGAUUCGUGUCUUUUCAACAAAUAUGUUAGUUAUGGCUGAAUGUCUCCAGUAGUUUACUACACAGUGUUGGAUUCUGAUGGAUUCUGUUGGAUUCUGAUGGAUUCAGACAGCUUCUUAGCCAAAAAAAAAAAAAAUUCAAAGGAGUUUAAGGGCCGGUCUCAAUUCAUAUCCGGAACGACUUUCGGACAAGUUGCGUGGAGAAUUAUUCACUUUGUCCUGAAGAAGCUCUGCAUUUGUCCCGGACAUGUUCCGGGGAAAUUGUCAUCAGUAACUGCUUGACCAACCAAUACUAAUAACUCCAUUGGGGGAAGAAUCCUGCUACUUACAUCCGAUACAGUGUCGGCAAAUUUUUCUGGAACUCGUCCCGGAUAUGACUUUAGACAAGCCCUAAAAUGACCCCUUUUUUGCGUUUGUGUUGGUGUCUUAAUGUUUGUUUUAUGCUUGUUUUUGAGUUUCAGUGGUAGGAAGCCCGAUUUUCAUCUAGUAACUGAACUGUUUUACGUAUUUAUUCCAAAUUUUUAAUUAGGUCGAAAAUCAAUUUGUGCCUUUGGGGGAAAUCUUAAAUGAAUUAAGUUAAAUAUACAUGUAUUUAACAAUUUCUUGUAGAAAAAAAAAA